AUGGCUGCCACCAGCGUCGGCAGAGCCUGCCUGUACCGGCGAUCCUUCCUCGCUUCUCAGUCCCUCCGUCAGCUGUCGGAAUCCUGUCCCUUCCAAUCCAUUGCUUAUCGCACUUCCUACGGUCGCAUCCAAGUGCAACAAAGAAGGCACUUCAGAGACACCCAAAGGAGGUGGAAAGAUGGCAGAGGGCAGCGCGAGGAGAGUUUUGCGUCGCGACUGGGGAAGGCAUGGAGGGAGACAAAGAUCGAAUGGAAACCAAUCCCGAUUGGCCUGGGGAUUGGAUUCCUGGGUUUGAUACAGUUUAUGCGAAUCCAGUCUAGGGAAAGUGGUGCACAAGAAGGUUCUUCUGAGACGGACGGGGGCCGGCCUCCUAAGCGGAAGAGAAUAUAUCCCACGGGAGGUGGUUGGCAAGUGCAGAUAAUGUCCACAUUGCCACUGAAAGCGAUUUCAAGAGUCUGGGGCCGUUUCAACGAGCUGACCAUCCCCUACUACCUCCGUGUCCCGGGCUUCAAACUCUACGGCUGGAUAUUCGGCGUGGACUUCUCAGAGGUGGCUGAGCCAGAUCUUCAUGCCUACCCCAAUCUGGCUUCUUUCUUCUAUCGUGAGCUCAAGCCUGGUCUCCGACCCCUUGACCCCAAUCCCAAUGCGGUCCUGUCGCCAGCGGACGCCCGAGUCCUGCAGUUUGGAACCAUUGAGAACGGCGAGGUUGAACAGGUCAAAGGCAUGACAUACAGUGUGGACGCUCUUCUGGGGAAAAUCGCCCCUACCUCCCCUAACCCUCAGGCUCCGUCGAACAUUUUUGCACCUCCCAAGGACAUGACAUCGCCCGCGUCAGAUGACCCAGAAUCGAAGUCGAUCUCCGCGGACGAGGAAUUCGCCAAUGUCAACGGCAUUUCUUACACGCUUCCCAACUUGUUUUCAGGCUCGCAGCAAGCAGGCAACUCCUCUAAGCAGGACGCUUCUACCAAAUCCCUCCCGUCCUCCGAAGCCGCCGUGUCGGCAGACCUGGCGACAACCCAACCUUGGUGGUCACCUUUUUCUUCUCCGACCACGGACAAGAAGCUUUACUAUUGUGUCGUCUAUUUGGCCCCGGGUGACUACCACCGCUUCCAUUCUCCCGUCAGCUGGGUUUGUACGACGCGUCGGCACUUCGCCGGCGAGUUGUUCUCCGUGUCGCCUUACGUCCAGCGCAUGUUGCCGGGGCUGUUUACCUUGAAUGAACGAGUCGUUCUCCUCGGGCGAUGGAAAUAUGGCUUCUUCAGCUAUACGCCUGUUGGUGCCACCAAUGUUGGUUCCAUCGUCAUCAAUUUUGACAAGGAACUGCGCACAAAUUCCCUCACUACCGACACUGAAGCGGACCGUCAAGCAGCUGCAGCUGCAGAGAGGGGCGAACCAUAUGCUGGAUUUAGUGAAGCCACCUACCAGAACGCGAGCAAAAUCCUGGGAGGCCAUGCUUUAAGAGGUGGUGAAGAGAUGGGUGGCUUUAAGCUUGGAUCAAGUAUCGUCCUGGUAUUUGAGGCGCCGGCUGGCCACGCCAAACAGGCUCUUGAUGAAGGCGGUGCUGGUGCUGGUGCUGAUGCUGGUGCUGGUACUGGUGAGAUAAAGGGCGGCUUCAAAUGGGCCAUUGAGCGAAACCAAAAGGUCAAGGUCGGCCAGGCGCUGGGAUAUGUCGUGGAUGAAGGAUAG